UCGAUUCGAUCACAAAACUACUACUAGUAGUAGCAGCAGCAGUAGUAAUACAUCCAUCCAUCCAAGCUCCAGCAACAAUGGCGCAGGCGACGAUCUCACCUCAGGCCGGACAAAUAGAAUCUUACAGAUUACCCAGCGGCCAUCUCAUACCUUCCAUUGGCGUCGGCACCUGGAAAUCUCAAUCCCCCCGCGACUGCGUUCAGAAAGCACUAAUUGAGGGUGGGUACAGGCACGUGGAUACAGCCGCCAAAUAUGGAGUCGAGCACGAGGUCGGAACCGGAAUCAGGGCAGCAAUCCACGCCGGAAUCGAAAGAACUGCCCUAUUUGUUACAUCCAAGAUUUGGUACUUUUACUUGUCUUCAAGGUGUUCGAUUAAAUUCCUGACUGGGACAACACAGCACACCACCAUAUUCAUUAAUUAUUAUUUGAUUUACAUUUACAGGUGCACUGAUUUGAGCCCUGAAAGAGUACGCCCUGCGUUGCAGAAGACAUUGAAAGAAAUGGGCCUCGAUUAUCUUGAUCUCUAUCUCAUCCACUGGCCGUUCCGGCUGCGGGAGGGAUCGGACAAGGCAGGGGAUGUGUUGGAUAUGGACAUGGAAGGGGUGUGGAGGGAGAUGGAGAAGCUUGUUAAAGACAACCUUGUAAGAAGCAUUGGUGUCUGCAAUUUCACCAUCAAGAAACUGAGCCAUCUCCUGAGCUUUGCAGAGAUCAAACCUUCUGUUUGCCAGAUGGAGAUGCACCCUGGAUGGAGGAACGACAAGAUGCUCCAUUUCUGCAACAAAAAUGGCGUCCACGUCACUGCGUAUUCGCCUUUGGGGUCUCAGGAGGGGGGCCGCGAUCUGAUCCAUGAUCCGACGGUGGAGAAGAUAGCAAGAAAGCUGAACAAGAGCCCUGGGCAGGUGCUGGUGAGGUGGGCACUACAGAGGGGGACGAGUACAAUUCCUAAAUCCAAUUCUCCCGACAGGAUCCUCGAGAAUAUUCAUGUUUUUAAUUGGGAGAUUCCUCAGCAGGACUUUGAAGCUCUCUGCAACAUCCCAGAUCAGAAACGUGUGUUGGAUGGGGAGGCCUUGUUUGUGAACAAGAAUGAUGGACCUCUCAAAAGUGUAGCAGAUGUUUGGGAUCAUGAAGAUUGAUUUAAUUCAUAGUUUGGGAAUUUUACUGUCAAUUUAGGGUUUUUUUUUUUUUUUCCUGAGAUAGUAUAUAAUAAGAAACACAUUAUCAAUCUUUAGGCACAAACCAUGUAUGUAUAUAUAGUAUAUAUAUAUUUGUUUAAUUGCAAGACAAAAAUUAGAUCAGUACUAAA